UGAUAAAAGCAAACGUUUUGGUUAUUAGCUGCUCUUUGGUUCAUAAUUACAGAGUCAGUAAUUUAUGUGAUUUUUUUCUCAAUUCUAUUGCAAAAUGCUUUUAAAAAAUUUUGAAAAGUGUUAGCAAAUAUAAAAUACUUUCGGAUAGUCCUCCAAUCGAUUAUAUCCAGUUGCGAAUCGGAGUGUUUAAAUAAGUGCUACGCAAAUUGCGACCUCGCAAAUUAUCGAUUUGUGCAAGUAAUUUUUUCGUGUAUGGAAUUUUCAUGGACGGAAAAAAUAUAAUUUCAUUUCGUUUUUAAGUAUUUUAUCGCAUAUCGAGACUGAAAAAAAACCCCAAACUCAAAAAUUGGGCAAAGAAAAAAUUGUGGACAGACAAACCAUUCCUACAUUCUUCGGUUAUAUUAAAUUAAGCGUAGGAUACUAACAUAAUCUUGUUUGUAUGUUGACAUCAGGGCACUGACAGGCGUAUAAACAUAGGUACGCGGGCCUUUAUAUGUAUGGAUAUAGUUAACGGAAUUUGUAUGCAAUUCACAUAUUACGUUGACCUCCGUUGCAUCCAAUAAGAGCGCAGUUAAAGUAACGUAUUUGGCCAUUACCUUGAGGCGAUACUAAUUUCCGCGGAGUUUUGCUGCCGUGUGGAAUACCGGCGGGUGCUCCGUGUUUAAAAAAAAAAUAAAGGUGUGAAAGUGCAGAUUACUAUGGAGCAAGUUGUACAAAGAAAACGCAGAUGUCGCAUCGAAAGGGCUUAUUAUAUUAUAUUUUUUGCUGUGCUGGCGAAUCUCUUCGUUGGAAGCCUGCAAGACUGCGUCUGGUAUGGAGUCUGCAAUAGGGAUGCUUAUCAGCAUAAGCAAUACUGUGUUUACAAUGGAACUGCAAAGGUUAUGCCUGCCGACGGAUUAGAGCUACUCAAAACAAGAUGCAGUCAUAUACUAGAAGGCGGCGCUACUGAAUUUUGUUGCGAUGUUGAACAGGUUACAAUACUUAAUGAUAAUAUAAAAUUAGCUGCGAAUUUUCUCGAGCGCUGCCCGUCGUGCAUGGCAAAUCUUGUGCGUCAUUUAUGUGACUUUUCGUGUUCACCAAAGCAAUCGGAGUUUGCGAAAGUUGCUGAAACUACUACCACACCGAAUGGCACAGUUUAUAUAAGCGCAUUGGAUUUACAUAUAACGGCUGCAUACAUAAACAAUACAUACAAAUCAUGUUCACAGGUCUCCGUACCAUCGACUGGCCAAAAGGCUUUGGAUUUAAUGUGUGGCAGCCACAUGGCGGCGCGUUGUAGCCCUACGAAAUGGUUUGAAUUUAUGGGCGAUAAAAAUAAUAUAUAUGUACCCUUUCAAAUCAACUACGUACAACAUGAAAAUAAAUCAGCGAUAAUUGAUGGACGCACUCCCUUAGAUCCGAAAACUACACCAUGUAAUCAAAAGCUUAACGAUAAAACUGCAGCCUGUGGUUGUAGCGAUUGUGAAGAUUCCUGUCCAGUGCCGGUACCAGAACCACCGCGUCCCGAACCAUUUAAAAUUGCAGGUUUAGAUGCAUUCGCUGUAAUAAUGGCUGUGGUCUUUAUCGUUGGCACAAUUCUCUUUCUCAUGGGCGUUUGCCUAUUUCCCUCCAAACGCAGCGAACGUGAUGGUUUGGAUAGUGGGCUGUGUAACGCCACUGUUAACAACCGAUUUACUGGACAAGUGAGUAACGAGUUUGCACCCGAGGAGGAUUCCCCACUUCAAUCGAAGCUGACCAAUGAUGAAAACGAGGUGGACGGUGCUCAGGGCGCACUUGAUGAAUAUGAAACCGGUUAUUUUGAAAAUCUCGGCGCCAAAACUGAAAAGUGUCUUGAAGCCUUCUUCACAACUUGGGGCAAAUUCUUUGCGCGGCGUCCGAAAAUUACGUUGGUUGGUGGUAUUUGUUUUGUCAUGCUUAUGGGCUAUGGCAUCAAGUUCUUGCAUAUAACUACCGAUCCGGUGCAGUUGUGGGCCUCGCCACAGUCAAAAUCGCGAAUUGAACGAGAAUUUUUCGAUUCACAUUUCCAGCCGUUUUACCGUUUGGAACAGGUAAUAAUACAUGCAGUUGACUUACCCGAUAUCGUGCACAACACGUCUAAUGGUCCCAUCCGCUUUGGCCCAGUAUUCGACAAAGCGUUUCUCGCUCAAGUCCUCGAGUUGCAAGAAGAAAUUAUGAAUUUGGGUAGGAAGGACAAUGGCACCGUGUUGGAGGAUAUUUGCUUUUCACCUUUGUCGAGUGAGGGUACAUCAACGAAAGAUAGUUCCAAGUGCAUUGUACAAUCCAUUUGGGGAUACUUCGGCAACGAUAUCGAACGUUUGGAUGAAACUGAUGAAGAUGGCAAUUUCGAGAUAACUUACUUGGAUGCAUUAUAUCAAUGCACUAGAAAUCCAUAUCUAUGUCUGGCACCCUAUGGCGGACCAGUGGAACCAGCGGUUGCUUUGGGCGGUUUUUUGGCAACUGGUGAACAGUUAUCGGGAGACACCAAAUUCGAGCGUGCAAAUGCCGUAAUACUUACCUUCCUAGUGAAUAAUUAUCAUGAAAAAGCCAAGUUGGGUCCGGCCUUGGAAUGGGAGGAACGUUUUGUGAAUUUUAUGUUAAAUUACACGAAGACUCGUAUGGGCAAACACAUGGAUAUUGCAUUCACUUCGGAACGUUCAAUUGAAGACGAACUAAAUCGUGAAUCUCAAUCCGAUGUUAUGACAAUACUCGUUUCCUACAUAAUAAUGUUCGCCUAUAUUGCCAUUUCAUUGGGCCACGUGCAGGAGAUGCGUCGCGCACUCAUCGACAGCAAAAUUACGCUGGGUGUUGGUGGUGUGAUCAUAGUGUUGGCAUCCGUGGUGUCUUCGGUGGGCGUUUUCGGCUACAUUGGCGUUCCGGCGACACUUAUCAUUGUCGAAGUUAUACCGUUUUUGGUAUUAGCUGUGGGUGUAGACAAUAUUUUCAUAUUGGUGCAGACUUACCAGCGUGAUGCGCGUCGCGCUGACGAAACACACGAGGAUCACAUUGGGCGAAUUCUUGGACGCGUUGGACCAUCUAUGUUGCUAACUUCAGUGAGUGAAAGCUGCUGCUUCUUUCUUGGUGGACUCUCCGAUAUGCCUGCCGUGAGAGCAUUCGCUUUGUAUGCCGGCAUGGCGUUGCUAUUCGAUUUUAUACUGCAAAUCACUUGUUUUGUUAGUCUACUAACACUCGACACCAAGCGGCAAGCCGAAAAUCGCUUGGAUAUUUUCUGUUUCAUACGUGGCAAGAAAAGUGAUGCAAUACCCAACCACGAGGGUUUGUUGUACAAAUUCUUCAAGAGUGUUUAUGUGCCCUUCAUAAUGCGUAAAACGAUGCGUGUAAUUGUUAUGAUUGUCUUCUUCGGUUGGCUUUGCAGCAGUGUCGCCAUUGCACCACACAUUGACAUCGGACUCGAUCAGGAGUUGUCAAUGCCGCAAGAUAGCUUUGUGCUGCACUAUUUCCGAGCACUGAACAAAUAUUUGAGUAUUGGACCACCGGUGUACUUCGUGUUGAAAUCCGGCUUGAACUUCUCCACAACAUUCCAUCAAGAUCUUGUUUGUUCCGGCAAAUUUUGUAACGAUGACAGUGUGUUGACACAAAUUUAUCUAGCCAGUCGUCGCGGAAAUGUGACAUACAUUGCACGUCCUGCCUCUAGUUGGAUUGAUGACUAUUUCGAUUGGAGUCAGUCGUCAAGUUGCUGUAAAUAUUUCCCGCAAUCUGGCGAUUUUUGUCCACAUCAAAAUACUGCCUGUUCUGACUGUGUAAUCGAUAAAAAUGAAAUUCAGCGUCCCACAGCUCACGAUUUUGGCAAAUAUCUAACCUUCUUCCUACGCGAUAAUCCUGACGAUAGUUGUGCCAAAGCUGGUCACGCUGCUUACUACAGUGCCGUGGAAUAUAAAACAAAUCCGCAUACAAAUUUGUCCACAGUCGAAGCAUCAUAUUUUAUGGCCUACCAUUCCAUAUUGAAAACAUCUGCUGACUACUAUGAAUCACUACGUGCGGCACGAAAAAUCUCCGCUAAUAUCACACAUAUGCUGCGCGGACGUUUAAUGUCACAAGGUGUGCCACUCGAACAAACGCUCGAUGUCGAAGUAUUUCCAUAUUCCGUCUUCUACGUGUUCUACGAACAAUAUUUGACUAUGUGGCCCGAUACACUACAAAGUAUGGGCAUAUCUGUGCUGGCGAUAUUCAUUGUGACAUUCGUUCUAAUGGGUUUCGAUAUACACUCGUCAUUGGUGGUGGUGAUCACAAUUACAAUGAUUGUCAUAAAUCUCGGUGGCAUCAUGUAUUACUGGAAUAUUUCAUUGAAUGCUGUUUCGCUGGUGAAUUUGGUAAUGGCUGUUGGCAUUUCGGUUGAGUUUUGCUCGCAUCUGGUGCACAGUUUCUCCAUUUCAAUGGAGAAUACACGCGAAAAACGUGCCGCAGACUGUCUAACCAAAAUGGGUAGCUCCAUAUUCUCGGGCAUCACACUCACGAAAUUUGGCGGUAUUUUGGUUUUGGCGUUUGCCAAAAGUCAAAUUUUCCAAGUAUUUUAUUUCCGUAUGUAUUUGGGCAUCGUGUUGAUUGGUGCUGCUCAUGGGCUUAUAUUCCUGCCGGUGCUUCUCAGCUAUAUUGGCGCACCCAUUAAUAGAGCUAAACUGGCCAAUUAUCAACGGCAGGCGUAUAAAGUGCAAGAAACAUCGCUGUCUACGACGUGAUGCGACUCGAUAAUCUACCAAAGAGACGAUUGCCCGUCAAGUCCAACAAACAUCAUUCAAUCAACACAAUCAACAAACUUAUUAGCAUUUUGUCAUCGACGUAUCAGCAGGGCGUGUCUUUAUCGCGCAGCGGAAGUGUGAAGAAACGUAAACGAAUUUCACAAAAAUCAACAGUCAACGCCCAGUCAAAAAGGAGAGCAGUGACGGAGGAGGAGGAGGAGGAGCAGCGAAACUUUAUUUGCACUUGUAACAGUUCAGGAUAUAAAAUAUAGGGUACAAAGGAAAUAUAUGUAUAUGUAUGUAUGAUUUUCUUUUUCUUUAAUUUACACCGAUUGCGAGUUACAUAAUUUGUAGAUGAGAGAGAGACAAAACUUCGAGUUUUCAGUGAAGUUUACACCGUAGCUGAAUUAAGUUCGUAAAAGGCAUUUUUGUUAAAAUGGAAGCAAGCACCAAUACUUACCAGCCUAAAUCGAACUCUGUGAUAAACUUAGAUACAGGAAGUAAAUGAAAAAGAAAGAAAAAAGAAACAAAAAACGAAAACAAAACAAUAUUUGUAUUAAACAAAAAUGCAAUCAUAUUUCCAUAGACUGGUGAACUGAGUAGCUGCAGCUGGAAACAGGGUGUGUUACUGAGUUUUGAAAGCCUUUAAUAUUUUACGCAUUUUUAUUCCUAUUGGUUUAUUCCUAAUAUUACCUGAAUUUUUUUGAACGUAUACACAUAUACAUAUACAAAUACAUACAUACAUACAUAUAUAAAUAUUCAUACAUAUAUUCAGCAUUAAUAAAAUUUUAUUUUCGAAUAACACUUUGCUAAUUGGAUCAAAACGAAUUGAAAUUGGUAUUAAGCGCAUUUUUAUCCAAAUUAUUUAAAUUUUUUUCGCAUUAUUAUUAAAUUGGUUUACACAUACACACACAUACAUAUCGUAUGUUAAAUUUUUGUGUAAAAUGUAGUAUACUAUUUAGACCAUUUAAGUUUGCAAUUAUUUUGGAAUGGUUUGUAAAUGUUUUUGAUUUUGUUCAUUGUAGGUUAAAUGAAUUUUAUUAUAUUUUACUAUAAUAAAUAGCAUUCGCAAUUAUUAAUAAAAGCUGUGAGGUAAAGGAUUAAAAAAAAAUUAUUAUUACAUUUUUGCUAUUUUUUUUUUUAAAUUGAGCUGCGCUUCGUAUGCAUUUUUGGCGAAGUUAUUCCUUUCGAAUGUUAUUUCCAUUAAAUAAUGGAUUUUUCUGAAAUCGAUUUUUUCUCGAACUUUACAUAUUGAAUUUUUCAUUGGAUACAAGGCGCUUGCAUUAAAGGUGGUGGCACUAGACCAACAACAAACAAUGUGUUGUAUGUUUCAUUCUCACGGCAAAGUAUUGGCAGCGUAGAAAACAAAGCAUGAAUUCGCCUUGUUUCAUGCUGUACUAAUAUUUUUUUGCGCAAGUUCAGCAUUUGAGCUGCAAAAUCAAGGUACAUAAAUUUCAAACAGAAAAUUAAUAUUUACAAGUUAUUUAAAUUUGUAGUAAAUUUUGUAUUCUAUGCUAGAAAUUUUAAAAUUCUUUAUUAUUGCAACUGAGAAUUCCACAUUUUAUACUGUAUUCCUGGGUAAUGAAUUUUUUUAAUAAAAAAAAAAAGCAAAAAUCGGGAACCUAACACAGCUUUCCAUUGAUUUAAUGCGUAUUUCUAAAUCCAACCACUAUUAGAUAAAUACUUUAGCAAAUUUCACUCAUAUUUAGCUUUGGUAUUUAUUGGUGCUUUGUAACGUGUAAAAAACAAAAACAAAAAUAACUGAAUAUCAGCACCGCGAGCAAAUAAAGUAUUAAAGGUUUAGGCAAAGUAUUUGUAUUAUAACUAUUAGUUGAAAAUUUAAUGUGGCCUUCUUUAAUUAAAAACAAAACAAAAAAAAAAACAAAAUAAUAAAUAAAAAAAUACAAGAAAUGAAUGCAAACAAAGACUACCAUACAUUGGAAAAUGUUAUAAAUGAAAAUGAAAUGCGUAAAUAUUAGUAAUAAAGAAAAAUCUCGAAGAUAAGGAAAUGUUGUUUCUAAAAUGUAAUGUAAACAAAAAAUGUGAAAAUAAAAGAGGAGUAACAAUAAAAUAAAACCAAAAACAGAAAACAAAAUACAGAAACGAAUUCACAAUGGAGAAGUGAGGUUACACACAUUCACACACAUACAUACAUGCAUUAAUACAAUAUUUUUAUAAUUAAUUACGGUACAUGCACGCAUAUAUAACAAUACGAAUAUGUAUGUACAUAUGUAUGUGUGUAUCUAUUGAACUUUUCUGUCUGUAUUCGUAUACUGCGUAGAUAUAUACAAGAUAUAUAUACAUAUAUAUAUAUGUAUAUAUAUGCAUGUAUUUAGAAAUACUUCUCUACUAAAUGAAUGUUAAUCGAAUGACAAAAUGUGUGUGACAAAUAUGUAGAUGAAAUGGAUUUAUCAAUUAUGAACUAAUAUAAGACGCAAGAAGAAGAACAAACUAUUUAGUUCCUGGUAUACUGACUACGACCGGUCUUAAAGUGAAAACAAAAAUGUCUUUAUUAUAAAUAUGUAUAACUUGAGAAGUAUGUAGAUAAUGGAGAAUAUUAUUGAAAUAAAGCGUUCAUAAAUAUGUAAA